CCCUAGAGGCACCAAUCACCGGAGAGACCUGCUUCUGCCCAUCCGGAGAGCACGCCUGGCCUGCCCAUGGCUAGCAACAACACUGCUAGCAUAGCGCAAGCCCGCAAGCUGGUGGAGCAGCUGAAGAUGGAGGCCAACAUCGACAGGAUAAAGGUGUCAAAAGCGGCAGCGGACCUGAUGGCGUACUGCGAAGCCCACGCCAAGGAGGACCCUCUAUUGACCCCCGUCCCGGCCUCAGAAAACCCCUUUAGAGAGAAGAAGUUCUUCUGCGUGAUCCUGUAAACCCUCGAGGAGCCUGACUGGCACUCAGGCCACCCUGAACACUGAUGUAGAGUUUUUAGGAACGGGGACGACCUGCUAGUCUGCAGAAUUUAAACAAAAAUAAGUAAAAUACACGGCCUGGAAGCUACAGAGAUGUGCAUGUUUAAAGAACCUGGCCACCUUUGGGGGAAUAAGAUGAUCUGCAUUGCGAGGCAAAAGAUCUGAAGUCUGUAGAGUUGCCUAGAAAGAAAAAAAAAAAAUAUGUAAAGAAUAAAUUUGUGUCACUUUUCUGCUCACAAAAUUGUUUGAUUGUUCCAUAUUUAAAGCACCAGAGCUGUGCUGAGCGAAGUAACUGCUAAGGAUGUGUAUAACC